UAGUUGGCGGUAGUGCAACGCAAUGGAUGCAAACCGCCGUUAAAAUACAUAGAGGAAGAAGACACCAAUAAACACCGACGAAGAAGAACACGCGCAACUGAGGAAACUAACUAGCAAGAAAACCGGUGCUAAUCGUUCUCGUAAUUCAUUCAUGGUGCCUAAGAUCCUUUAUCUUUGGUGGUGCUAAUACACCCAUGGGGAAAACGGAUAAAAAAAGGCGUUAAAUCAUUUUAAAAGGCGUUAAAUCUGUGUUGACAUCUUUGUUUCAAGACGCUGACUUUAUGCUGUCAAAAUAAAAACAAGAUCCAACCAUGCUGCUCCAGUUUGUGUAUAGCACCCGGGACUUUGUCAGAGAUGUGCAUCGGAGCAGUGGAAACAGACUUGGGAUUGGAUCACUGCCAGCAAAGUUUGACACGACCAUCCAUGCCGGCUGGACAGACAGAAUGAACAGGGGACUCUUCCGCUACCAUCUGGGUGAUUUACAAACGCGUAUCCUGUCGGGCCCGCAUGGCUAUGUGGCCCAGCUUAAUAUUCAAAGAGGAAUAGAGAGAAGAAAGCCUCAGGAGAUACUUAGCGUUCAGCAGGAGUUCAAUGCCAAGCAGUUUAAUUUUAACAAAAUCAAUCCAGAAGAAAUCAUUUUUGAGAUGAUAAAGGACGUUGAGGGAGGCAAAGAAAAGGGACAGUUGCAUGAACCCUGCAGGAUGGUCGUGCUGGUCAAUGUCAGCCCUUUGGAGUUCGGACAUUGUCUCUUUGUUCCAGAUCCUUCACGCUGUUUGCCACAGGUCCUGACAUGCUUCACCAUUCAGGUUGGUAUUGAAUCUGUGCUCCUGAGCUCCGAUCCUGGCUUCCGUGUGGGGUUCAAUAGUCUUGGAGCAUUUGCGUCCGUCAAUCAUUUACACCUACAUGGGUAUUACCUGGAUCAUGAGCUCAAGAUAGAAUCUAUGCCAGUGAAGCCUCUGGUUCCUGAAAAGGGGUUUUAUCGCUUGUUGGACUUUCCUGCAGGCUUUUUGUUUUACACAGAAUCAGAGUGGGUGGAGAAAGUUGCCGGAGCCAUCUGUCAAGUCACAGACUUUCUUGUGGACGCUAAUAUUGCUCACAACCUGUUCUUGACUAGAGGAUGUCCGCCCUGUGAUCGCACACAGAACCAAAAGGAUCGCUGUUCAAGAAAAGGUGUUCGUAUUGCUGUAUGGCCCAGAACAUCAUGCUUCGGUGCCAAGGAGGAAUCUGCCUUCAAUGUUGCUCUCUGUGAGCUGGCUGGACAUUUACCAUUUAAGAACAAGGAGGACUAUGAGCUCACAACUGAGAAAGAUGUAAUGGAUGUCAUCCAGAGGUAUCUUCUGCCUGAUGCAGAGUUUCGAACAUUGGAACAGCAGCUUACUCGUCAUUUGAUGGAUGUAUAAUGUAUGGACAUUAAAGCCUUUUUACAUCCUGUGCCGGAGAUCAAAUGAACUAGGUCAGAAGCUUCAGAAUCCGUUUAAUAUAACAUUGGAUGUGCACAAUACCUUCUUAUAUAUUUUAGAAUAUAUAUUUAAUGGAUGUACUUUAUUCAAAUUUCAAAUAA